CUGCUGGGGGCUGCAGGGGCUAGCGGCCCUUGAAGGCGCCUCCGCGGACACCGUGUCCAGCGCCGGUCGCUCUAGCCCCUCCCCGCGCACCGCAGCCCACCCGCGUGCACGCUACUAGCCCGAACCCUAGCCCCGCCGGGCGCGCAGAGCGGAGCUGCGGUUCCAUCGACCAAGCCGGAGCCAGCACCCAGCACCCAGCUCUCUGGUUUGCACCUAGCUCAGCGCCCACCCGAGAAGGAGGAGGAGUGGGCCUUGCUGACAGUAGCCUAAGCCCAGCCCAGCCCAGCCCAGCCGACGGUGCGAUGAGCUUCUUCGGCUUUGGACAGAGCGUGGAGGUGGAGAUUGUGCUCAGCGAUGCAGAGAGCAGGAAGCGGGCCGAGCACAAAACGGAGGACGGCAAGAAGGAGAAAUAUUUUCUCUUCUAUGACGGGGAGACGGUCUCUGGGAAGGUGAGCCUCGUACUCAAGAAUCCUAACAAGCGGCUGGAGCACCAGGGUAUCAAGAUCGAGUUCAUCGGGCAGAUAGAACUCUACUAUGACCGUGGGAACCACCAUGAGUUUGUGUCUUUGGUGAAGGACUUGGCCCGGCCCGGCGAGAUCACCCAGUCCCAGGCCUUUGACUUUGAAUUCACCCACGUGGAGAAGCCAUAUGAAUCCUACACAGGACAAAAUGUAAAGCUACGGUAUUUCCUUAGAGCUACCAUCAGCCGCCGCCUCAAUGAUGUUGUCAAAGAGAUGGACAUUGUCGUUCACACACUCAGCACUUACCCAGAACUGAACUCUUCCAUCAAGAUGGAAGUUGGGAUUGAAGACUGUCUGCACAUUGAGUUCGAAUAUAAUAAAUCCAAAUACCAUUUGAAAGAUGUCAUUGUAGGGAAGAUAUACUUUCUGCUGGUUCGAAUCAAGAUCAAACACAUGGAGAUCGAUAUCAUCAAGAGGGAGACGACAGGGACAGGCCCCAAUGUUUACCACGAGAACAAUACUAUUGCCAAGUAUGAGAUCAUGGAUGGGGCCCCCGUGAGAGGCGAGUCCAUCCCGAUCCGGCUUUUCCUGGCAGGGUACGAGCUCACCCCGACCAUGCGAGACAUCAACAAGAAGUUCUCAGUGCGCUAUUACCUCAACUUGGUGCUGAUAGAUGAGGAAGAACGGCGCUACUUCAAACAGCAGGAAGUGGUGUUGUGGCGGAAGGGUGACAUUGUGAGGAAGAGCAUGUCUCACCAGGCAGCCAUCGCUUCUCAGCGCUUCGAGGGCACAGCAUCCCUGGGUGAAGUGCGGAUCCCCAGCCAGCUGUCUGACAACAACAGCAGGCAGUGAGGCCGGGGCGAAAGCGCUGCUGGGCCUCUGCCCCAGCACUCCCAUCUACCAAACACCAGUGGCUCGAGGGUGGGUAAAGGAGGGUGUGCUGCUCAGUUGACCCAUUACUUGCAACCUGAAAAAAAAUCAUGUUUUUGACUUACGUAAAUUCUUUUCUCCGAAGAACCUAAGGAGCUCGAUUGGGAAGCAGUCUACUUGGGAGUCUGGCUGAAGUGAGGAAAGGGCCAAGUAGCAUCUCAAAAGCUGGCCUCUCCCUAGGGAAGAAGAGCCUUCUGUUGGGGUCCCCAACAGGACCACCUCAUAGCUGACAGACAGAGACCAGGUACCUCUAUUCCUGUCUCUCUGUUUCCUGACACCAGAGCUGAGCAUGCCUCUGAGAUUUGGAGCUGCCAGAAGGGCUCCAGAGGCAGCUGUGUCUUAUACUGUCUGCCGUCCUUGAGGUGGCCUGCCCUAUCCACAGUGGGAGGGGAGACUCAAGAUCAGGAGGAUCCCUCCUUGGGCGUCUUGUAUGCGGUGCUUUGAAGUCCUCACAAGCCACCUCCUUUCUAGCCUUUCUCUCAAUCCAGGAACCCAGAAACCUCCCUCCUCCCAUCUUCACUGGGUUGUUGUCAUGAAUAUCUUGGGACAGAAACCCGUGUAAAGGCCUUUGAAGAUUUUCCUGUCAUCUGGGAGACACCAUGGGUGUGUGUGGUAAAUGGUGCAGGAUUGAGAAUAAAAGGCUGGGCCACACCCACUGGGAGGAAACAUCAAUGCCUGGUAACUCUGCCUUUACCACAGGAACUGGGGCCUGGGCUGGUUUAGGACAUGAGUCUAAGUGCCCCAACCAGCCCCCAAACAAGAGGGUCUGUUUCUUUUAGGAAGAGCACAAGGGGAGGAACCGGGUUUCCUUUGCUUCCCUGAGAUUGGAUCUUUUAUCACUCCUUCCUUUCCAUUUACUUUCUGGACACUGAGGCAUGGUUUCAAACACUUGAAAAUGUUGUUCCACUCUUGCCCCAAAUCCCUUACCCUGCUUCCUACAAGCUCGGGAACAAGAGGGCCUCAGCAGAACACGUGCUGUGACAAUUUCUGAGUAACUCUGCUGGCCAGAUGGGGUCGCCCUCUCCACCAGGUGUCUGACCAGAGUCCAGGACCACGGGCAUUUUCUAUUAAAGACACACAGACAAAAGCUCCCAUGGCUGUUGUUAUGGAAGAAAGAGGGCCACUUUUCUCUCUGCCCCACUGCACUCAAGCCUGAUAUAGUGAAAGUGUUGAUUUCCCUUCCCUGCCUUUGGAAAUUUCCCUUCCCUCCCAUUGGCCUUCCUUCCCGUAUGGAAAGAUCAAGCAGACUCCACUGGCCAGUAAGUACAGUAUUUGGUGGUCUGCAUUGUCUGCUCUGAAAAGUAGCAGAUUUGGUUCCUCUGUCAUCUUUCAAUUAGUAUGGAAAAUGAGGGCUCCUCUUUUCCUCAGAAAUAAGCAGUCUUGGGCCUUCUACAGGCCAGGGCCCAUGGAGCAGAACUUGAGACUGGAAGAAAAGGCAUUUGGGAUACCAGAGGUUGACUGGGGGCAGCAGACCCAAAGAAGGUUGUUCCCCUUGUGCUGGAUCCAGAGUUCAGGUGCGACAUACAAUCCCCAUGGGAAGAGGAUCACCCAUCCAGCUGCCCUUGGAUUAUCAAGGUUGGGGUUUAUGCAUAUGAGGGAGGCGGGGGCUGUGUUCCAUCCCUUUUUCAGGGCAUGACAUUAGGCUCUGGCUUGCCUCCUGUUAAUAGCUGGUAUUCUAACUAGAAGGCAUCUGUCAGUUCCUCUGCUCUAACUGAUAACUGAUAACAAAAAUUCUUUUUCCGACUUUCUAACAUCUUAAAAGCUUUCUCUAGGGAGAACUGGAAAGCAGACUCUGCUUUAGACUCCUGGAGCUGGGCACCGCCGAGUCUGUUGUUCUCUCGAUCUCAGCCCCCGUGCCCUACUUCUCUGUCCGACUGUGAAAGGGCGGGGAGGCUCUCAUCUCCUUCUCCUUUAGGGUCUCCAUACUUGGGAGUGCACAGGUACUACACCAAGCAGUGCAACUUGUAACUUGUAACUCAGCAGCUGCAGUGUUUACAUGUUUCUUAAUGUGUUGUCUUUUCAAUGGCUGUAUUUUAAAAAAAAGAAAAGAAAAAAAAGAAUCCUUGUUUCCAUUGUCUCUCUGAUUAAAGGAAGCCCUGCAGCUUUGGAG